AUGCCAGGUCGUUACGGCUACGAUUAUAUCUAUCCAUCUGCCUCUGAUAUUAGUUUAUAUGUUGCCACAAUGAAUUUGAAUGUAAUUCGUCUUCCUUUCAAAUGGGAUAGACUUCAACCGAAACAUGGUCAACCAUUAGAUUCUUUGGAAUUAGCAAGAAUAGACGCAGUUGUUUCAGUAUGUGCUACUCAUGGGGUGUCUGUUCUAUUGGACCCUCAUAAUUAUGGAUAUUCUGUGAAUGGAUUGAUUGGCACGUCAGAUGAGCCAACUGAAAAUUUCACAGAUUUUUGGAUUCGUCUAGCUCAGCAUUAUUUAGGAUAUGAUAAUGUGAUUUUUGGAAUUAUGAAUGAACCGCAUACACAUACACCACUUCAAUGGGCAGAUAUUGCUCAAACAACUUUGAAUGCUAUUAGGUCAACUGGUGCUACUCAAUUGGUUCUUGUUCCUGGAACUUUUUAUACUGGAGCUCAUUCUUGGACAUCUAAUGUUCUUGGACAAUCAAAUGCAGAAGCAUUGAAGAAUAUUAAGGAUUCUGCCAAUAAUUUCAUGUUUGAAAUGCAUCAAUAUUUAGACAGUGACAAUUCAGGAACUCAUUCGACAUGUGUCAGCUCAACAAUUGGUUCGACAAGAUUGAAAACUACUACUGAUUGGUUACGUCAAAAUGGAUUUAAGGCAUUUUUAGGUGAAUUUGGAGCUUCUGAUGAUACAGUUUGCAUGCAAGCUCUUUAUGACAUUUUGCAAUUUAUGGGAAAUAAUACUGACGUUUGGCAUGGAUGGACUUAUUGGAAUGCUUCUCCAUGGAGUACAACUUAUAUUUAUGCUGCUUAUCCCCCUGAUGAGAAUCAACAUCCUCAAGUUUCAAUCUUGAAAGAAGCAAUGGGAGUAGUUUAA